AUGGGCGAUUCAAAUAACUCGCUCCCCACAGAUCCCUCAAGCGAUUCCAAUGGAGAGGGUGUUCUUGCUAGUGUCAGGCAGCAAAUCAACUCGAUGACGGGCGGAGCAUCUGUCACAGAUAUCCAGCAAAAUUUCACUACCGCCGCUGGCGGAAAGGCCGCUGUCUUGAAAGAGACUGUUGUCGAAAACGUCAUGCCGGCAGCGGGUGAGGCGCUCCAGUCAGCUCAGCAAAGCCUCCAGACCCUUGCCAGCAAGGCUAUUCCCGAGAGUGAUUCUCAAGGGGAAAACGGUAUGUUCAUUCCGUCUAAUUGA